AUGACUACUCCAUUGUCAGUUCCAGUUAACUUAGCAACGUCAGGGACGUACAUGUACCCAUUAUACGUAAGUGAAGAUUUAUGAAUGGGCCUUUACCAAAGCGGUCAUAUUAACAAAGACUAGGGGAUUUUCUAUUUUCUUGUUCAUCCUGCUAUUUGGCCCUUUUAUCUAACUAUCUUAAUACCACAAUUGAUUUUAACCUUGGUUAUUUAUAUGGCUAUGUACCUUAUGUUCUACCCACUUCAAGCAUUUUUUGCAGUUGUUUUUUACGGACCGGCUGGGUUUGUUAGCACAUGGUUUACUGUUCUACAACAAUCAGGAUUGGUGUCAACGUUCCUUGUUACCUUUUUAUUAAUGCCAGAGAUACAAAAGGUUGCAUUUGACGCUGUAUUAUGUAAAGAAUGUUCAGAUGACGUUGUUUUGAUAGGCAAGUUACGCAGGGUAGCCAAUGUACCAUUUUUGGUUAGAUGGGGAAGAAUGAUCUGGGCGUUACCAAAUAUGCUAGUGUUACCAUUUACUUUCAUCAGGGCAAUCAUAAUGUUUUUACUCAACUCGAUUCCUGUAAUUGGACCUAUUAUGGUAGUUGUCAUUCAGGCUCCGACGAACGGACUUCGAGCACACGCUAGAUAUUUCACAUUAAAGGAUUAUGACAAGAAGCAAAUUAAACAGGUCUAUAAAAAAAAUAGAGGCCAAUAUAUGGGGUUUGGUAUUGUCGCCAACUUCCUUGAAACGAUUCCUCUUUUUAGUGUGCUCUUUAUGUUUACCAACACAAUUGGGGCUGCAUUGUGGGUGAUUGAUAUCGAGCAAAGAUUAAAGCAGACAUCAGAAAAUAAAAUUAUAGAAGCAGCAGAAGAAUUGGAUAUAGACGCAUACCCUAUAGAAGAUAUCGACGAAAAAAAAACAAAGGAGGAUACUCAAAAUGAGUACACUACAGAGCUAAAACAAAUCUCUAGUCACGUACCUAGUAAUGAAGUUAAAUAA